AUGCUUGUCGGGUCGAUCAACGUUCCCUACAAAUUCUUGCCCAAGGAGCAUUACCAGCAUGCCGUACUGAGUCGCCUUUUGAUCUCCUUGCUGAAGCUCGAAGUUCGCAACAAGAAGUUUGGAGACAAGAAUCCCCACAUUCGGGCUUUUCGUCGCACCAAGGUUGUUCCCAUUUUGGAUGAGAACAACACAAGGACUGGACAGUACAGGAAGCACAGGGUUCUGAACCUGCGUCGGUAG